CUAGAUCGUUGAUUUUUUUCCAGACUGGAACUUCUUGCUAGUAAAGGAAGAGAAAUGUGAGGAAUUGUACAGCUGUAUUUUUUUAUUUGCCCACAUUACACUUUCUUUUUACCUUGUUUACCACUUUCUUUAACCAAGUGUAUUAUUAACACUUUCGUGCCACCUCGCAAGGUUACAACAGGGAGUCACAAAAAAGCUUGGUUUGAGAAUGGCUAAAAUUACUUGUGAAUGGAUACUUCUGUAUCUUGUUUUGCAUGCGUCAAUUUCAUUAUGCUUGGUUGCAUCUGCGCGGCAGGAGGAUGCAAAGACGGCGCCCCCAGGCGUGCUGCUAACGUUAAGAGAAGUUCUGUCAGACCUUUCAGUGGACACUCACGGUUACCUGGUGUCCCUUAUCGGGAAACGGGCCGUGGAUACCUCACUUCAGUGUGUUAGAGGUGCGGUCAAGUCGUUGUCAGAGGAUGCUGCCAACAUUCUGAAUAUUAUCUCCCAAUACAUCACAGAGCUUUUGAGCACCACAGGAAUUAAAGUUCAACUACCCUUCAAGCAAAUCUCUCCCGAGGGAGUACUCUUUGUAACCCAGUGGGCUCUUCUGGCUGUGAUUGGCUACUGGAUGCUGUCCUUGCUCUUACGAUUGGUAGCUGGAGCUGUGUGGAGGAUCCUUUGGCUCCUGAAGCUGGGUGGAGCCUUGGUACUGUUUGGGUGGAUCCUGAGCGAUACAGAUGCCAGCAUGGAAACCAGGGCAAUGUGGCUGGCAGGGCUGGUGGCUGCCUGCGUGCUCCUGGGUGUGGGGCCUCGUAGUGGACUGCAGGACCACACCACCAACCUGGAGGAGCAAGUGAGACGCCUAGAAAAGCGGCUCAGAGAAGUGGAACGCAGGAGAAAAGAGGAGUGAGUUUUGGAGCAAGACUGAGGAGUGAGUGGAGAACUAAAGGAAUUAUGAGAUGUUAUGAACUGUUGCCCAAUGCAUGGAGCACUGGUCUGACAGCUGGACCAAGAAGUCAAAUGUGCACAAGGUGCAAAACUCUUGUGGAACAAUUUGAAUACUUGUAUAAAACGUUCCCUAUUUUGAGGACAAUAAUGGCUGUUGGAAACGGAUGGAAAAUUUUAAUAUGGGCGGGGCAAAAUAUUCUUCUCUAGCAUGGAACAGCCCAAACACAAUCACUCAUUGCCCAAGUGUGUUUUAUUUAUCUACCUCAAAGUAAACAUAUAUCCUGGUAUGCUUUUAAAAAAGAAGAGACUUGUGUGUCUGGGAAGAGGUAGCAAUUUAUCCAGCUUUAAUUAAAUUCUCAGUAAGCAGUGAACAAAUGUCAUCCAUGAUAUCCCGUCCUUUUAUGGUUUGCUGGCAUUUGGGUGCUCCAUCAUGACAAUGUGCACGCUCACAGCUCACAAGUUCCUUGACAGUGAGUCUCACACAGCAUGUCAUACAAUAUUACAAGUGUAGACCAAAUAAAAAGAAAACACAAAUGGCAGAAGGGUUAUCCCAAUGGGUUCACAUAGUUUCAUAUUCAAUCCAGCUUGUCCAGUCAAAUGUCAACAGAAUGUUCAUUUUAACAGAUACAAUAUAAAAGGUGUCCAUUUUGCUAAGUAAAUCUCCAUCCGGAGUCGUACGCUUGCAGUUAAACUUUCCAUACAAUUCACAGCCUGGAGCCUCUGGGCCCACUGGUCCACGGUAGGUGGGUGGGGCCUGAGACAGUUUACUGUGAUAAUUUUGUGGGCAAUUAACAUCAUAACUCUGAUCAUAUACAAUUAGUUUUUCCCUAGCCCUCUUGAAGGUGUAGUUCCCAAAAUCAGCUGUUGUGGGUCAAUCGAACUGUCCAAGUUCAAGAUCUCACGUAUCUCCCUCUUCACCUCCUCCCAGAACUUCUGCAAUUUAGGGCAAUCCCAGAAAAUGUGAGAAAAGUCCCCUAUUAGACCACAACCUCUCCAGCAGAGAGGGGAAUACUUCUUGUCAUACUUAGCUAUUACUAUGGGUGUUUUAAAAUAUCUCAUCCUUAGCUUCCAACUAAAUUCUCUCCAGGUUGGACUACUUAAACAUUUGUGCCAGGACACCCAAGAGCUUUCCCAUUCAUCAUCUGCAAUAAUGGUGUUAGCCUCCAAUUCCCAUUUACCUUUUAUAUCCAAUGUGUCGAUAGAUGUAUCCAUAUGAAUUCUACUGUAUGAACAGGAUAUUAUAUGUUUUGAUUGAAUUCAAUACUCAGCUAUCUCCACACAGUACUGUUCAAAAUUCCCUGGUGUUUCCUUAAUGUUGUCCUAUUCCUUGCGUGUGGUCAAAUAGUGCCGAAGUUGGAAAUAUCGGAAUAGAUCAUUAGCUUCAAUACCCUACUUUGCUUGAAGUUGUACGAAAGCCCUGAGAGUCGUUCCUUCAAAUAAUUGACUUAUUGUGGUCAAACUCUUCUCCGCCCAUCUAAUAAAACCACUGUCUAAUUUAGCAGGCAGAAAAUCACAAAGAGCAGCCAUUUUUGUUGCCCUAGAUACAGAUAACGGUAGGUUUUAAUACCUGUCUUAUUUUCUUCCAAACCUUUGAUGUAUACUUAACCCGUUAAUUUAGUAUCCUGAGUUUACACCAUGCAUUUGUCGUCAGAAAGGGGAGGGCUGAGAGUGAUGUGUUUACUGAACUUUGCUCUAUAUGUACCCAUUUUGUAUCCAUAUCCAAUCUCAUCCAGGAGACCAGUACUCUAAGUUGUGCUGCCCAGUAAUAACUUCUGAAAUGAGGCAAAGAUAAGCCGCCCUUUUCUUUAUGUAAGCAAAGAACUUUGAGUCUCACUCUAGGCCUCUUGUUCUGCCAUAUGAAUCGGGAAACCAGCCUAUCUAAGAGCUUAAAAGUAGAUACCGGGACAGCAAUAGGAAGAGAACAAAAGAGAAAUAACAGCAUUGGCAGAACAUUCAUCCUAAUGGUUUCUACCCUCCCAACCAAGGAAAGGGGAAGCAUCUCCCACCUUUCCAAGUAAUUUUUGAUCUGGGAAAUGAGUUUGUCAUAGUUUGCGCUGUAUAAUUUAGAAAAAAAAUAGGAGUCAAAAUCACCCCCAAGUACCUAAAGCCUCCCUUUGACCAUCUAAAUCUCACAAGUCUGUCCAAUUGUGUAGGCCAGCUUCCUGUAAUCAUCAUUGCUUCCGAUUUCCCCUUGUUAACGUUAUGUCCUGAAACUUCCCCAUAGUUCCUCAGACAUUGCAUAACCGCUGGUAUAGAUGACAAUGGAUUUCUUAUAAACAAAAGAAUAUCACCCGCAAACAACGAUAUCUUAUGCAUCAUGCCCUCCUCAUCUGCUAUACCUUCAAUUUGAUCAUUACCCCUUAUUAACUCAGCCAGCGGUUCGAUAUUCGUUUUUUUAAACCAUUGUCACUCCCCGCCAGCCGGAUUUGGCUUCCUGCGACUUCUUCCUCUUCCCCAAGAUGAAGUUCAAGCUGAAGGGUCGCUGUUUUGACACAGUGGAGGAGAUACAAAGUGCAUUGCUGAUGGUGCUGGAUCUGCUUAAAGAACGGGACUACCAAUGCUGAGACCAAACUUACGCCCUUGCCAAACAUGAUAUAGCCUCUGUGUGAUGGGCUAUAUCAAUCUCAAUAAAAAUAAUGUUAGAUUGUCAUGAAAUCUAAGUGAGCAAAGCACUUUCUUUUUUUACGGGCUCAAAAUCACAUAGGUUAACAACAACCUGAUUAACAAUAUAACAGUGAGUUUGAAGUGGUAGGGCAUUUCAAAACAGGUCCAAUAAACUAUAACAGGUUAAACCGGAUUUUGAUCAUUAAACAGCAGUUCUUAAAUGUGAUCAGGUUGUCCCAACUUAAAAGUCUGUACUUAUGGAGGACUGAACAGUGAUGGUGUGCUUUAGGUUUUUUGUCAAGUAUUUGAGAGCCUGUUUAUAAAGAGACAUGACUGGUUUAAGGGUAGUGGAUUUGGCAGUAGACCAGGUGGGUAAGCAGUAGUUAAUGUGAGAUCAAAUCAGCGAGAACAUGUACAUUUUAGCAGCCUCGGUGGACAUGUGAUUUCUAAGAUGCCUAAAGUUGGCCAAGGUGAAUUUAAAAUUUUACGUGUUUUUUAAAAGUAAGUUGUUAUCAAUCAAGAUACCAAGAUAUUUGUAUUCCUUCACAAUCUUGAUUCUUUGAUCAGAAUGGUAAAUCGUUAAUAUAAAGACUGAAAAGAAGUGGAUCCAGGAUAGAACCUUGGGGAACACCUGUAGACAGAUUUUUAAAGUCGGAUAAUACAUUGUUUAUUACAACACACUGAGUUCGAGUUGAUAAGUAUGAUUUGAAACAGUUGGAUGCAGAAGAAGAAAAGUUACACUGAUCAAACUUAGACUGAAGUAUGUUGUGGUUGACCGUGUCAAACGCUUUCCGGAGAUCUAGAAAUACUGCACCCACAACUCCUGCUCUAUCCAUAAGGGACUUGACCCUUUCAAUAAAAUAGACCGUUGCAGUCUCGGUGGAGUGAUUUGAUCUAAAACCAUGCUGCAUGGGGUGUAAAAGCUGAUUAGAGUUAAGAUGAUACAUAAGUUGCUCUACUGCUAAUGUUUCCAAAACUUUGGACAUUAUGGGAAUAUGUAAUACAUAUAGCCUAUAAUGAACAUGGUUUAAGAGGAGGCUCAACCUUUUAAGCUUUGUGGUUGUGAUGAAGAACUUAACUUGUCGCUCUCACUGGGUUGCCUGUUUGGAUUAUUCCAAGUAUUUUCCCCAGCACUCUCAAACUGAGUGUUUUAAUGAACACAGAACAGAUUACUUCAAAGUCUUAUAUAGUUUCCCUCCACUGGUCUGGUAGUUAUGAUGGGCAAUAGAUGAAGUGGUUGUCAAAUUACUCUAAAAAGAAAGCUAUGAUUCUCCGAUUGUCUAAGGAGGUCAACUCAUUUGCCUAACUGCGUAUAUAGACUGAUUGAAACAAAGAGUGUGAGGUCAAACAUGGAGCAGAGAAAAUGGCCAAGGAACAAUCUUUUGUAUAAUUUCUAAUAAAUAAUUUACAUCAUU